AUGGACGACCUUCAGAGUCCAAUGGGCACGCAACCACAACCCAUGAUCCUCCGUGGUGGAUCGGCAAUGCCUACUAGACAACGUUUCGAACGAGCCCGCCCCUUUCCACCCCAACUACACCAACCACGCCAACGAUUUCUACGCCAACGACAUGUACACCAACCACAACAACUACAACCACAACACCUACAACUACAACAACUACAACAACUACAACAACUACAACAACUACAACAACUACAACAACUACAACAACUACAACAACUACAACAACUACAACAACUACAACAACAACAACAACAACAACAACAACAACAACAACCACAACCAAAGCCCCAACAAUCCCGCACCAACCCCCUCCUCCACUUGCCCGACUGCCCCAUCGCCGCCGUCGCCCGCAACACCUGCAACCACGCAGACAAAGUCAACAACAACAACAACAACAACAACAGCAACUACAGCAACAACAACAACAAAAAAGACUGCGGUACCUGCCAGGCCUUCGCACACGAGGAGGCCAUCCGCAAAGGGUACCUGGCGCCCCUGUGUAUCUGCGGGGAGCACAACCGGUUGCCGAGGAUGGACACGCCGGCGGGGCGGCACAGGCUGAACGAGACGAUCAAGCAGAGCGGCGCCGCGGAGCUGGCGGCGCUGUCGUGGGCGCGGGGCACCAUCGCCGCGGUGGCCGAGAUGAUCGACUCGAACCUGGAGCGCAUCCUGCAGGCGCGCGGCGGGGCGGGGAAGCCGCCGCAGGCCAUCACCCGAGACGACAGGGUGGUCCUCACGGGCGCCGCGCAGCUCAUGCGCCGCGUCAUGCCGGGCAUCAUCACCGACAGCGGCGACUUGGACUUCUCCCUAGACGGGGGGAAGACGGUCGUCGCCGUGCCGGGACACCGCCGGCGGGAGCAUCCUCCUCCUUGGGCGGCGGCGGCGGCCGACGACGACGACUAUGUCCGGAAGUCGAGGAAGGCCCUUGAGGACCUUGUGGGGUUCACCGGCCGCGUCAACAGAGACCUCCAAAAGAUCACCAUGGAGCAGGCGGGCAAUGGGAACCCGUUCUAUGACGGGGCGGGCAAUCUGAACCAGUUCAAUGGCGGGGCGGGCAUUUGGAAACCGUUCGAUUACGAGGACCUAUGGAUGAGGGGCCCGGGCAUGUGGACGGACUUCCCCAGGGCGGACCUGCAGGAGCUCAAUUGCAAUGAGGCCCACGACGUGAUCCAGUCGCAGGAGCCGCUCCCAAACCCGUACUGGCAGCAGCACAAUUGGUCCCCGGACACGCACUUGUCCCCGUUCCCGCCGAAUUGGACCCAGCCCGGCCCGAGUCGGUCCCCAGCGGGCCCGGCGUGCGGACAGGUGAGCCCGCUCGUCGUGAACGGCUCCGUGCCGUAUCCCAAUCCCGCGGCAGCAACGCCAGCAGCAGCAACAACAGCAGCAGCAACAACAGCAAGCGUGCGGCCGCCCACAGGCUUGGGCCUGCCGCUCCGGCCCAAGGACACAGCGCCGCCGCCGCAGCCCGGCACGACGGCCCAGCAACAGGCGAACACGAGCGCAGCCCCGCCUCCCGAGACGCCUCAGCGGGUGAUGCCGCAGGUGGCUCAGCAGGCACAGGUGGCUGCUCAUCAGGCACAGCAGCAACAGGAGGAACAGGGGCAAAAGAUGCUACAGGCCCUCCACGCGGUGCGGCCUGUCCAGCUGCGGGCUUUCCCAGCCGGCACCCAACCUCACGAUUUCACCCAAGGAGUGGUACCCGCAGACGUCCAGGAGCGCCCACGGCAACAAGACACCGCAGCCACGCAGCCACAGGCGCCCAGCAGCCACGCAAACAAAAGAACGCACCCCGCCGCCGAUGGCAACCCCGGGCCCUCAGUCCGUCCAACAAUCCUCCCGCCCCGUUUGAACUUGCUGCCCGCGGAGGAGGGAGCCGAGGCCCCGGCGCAGCAGCCGGCGGCGGCGGCGCCCGUAGACGCCCCCGAGGCCAACGACGACGCGAUGGACUGCACUCACCCUGCCGAAGACGAGCAGCAGCAGCCCUCACGCGAGUGCGAGGCGCAGCCUCCCGCCGGUGGUGCCCAGCGAGGAGCCCCGCCGCCCGAGUCCCAUAGCAUCGACGUGGAUGAGUUGAUGGCUCCCCAGUUUGACUUUGACCACCCCAAAGUACACCAAACCCCUCCGGGAUCGGUGUCGCCCUCUUGGUCGACCUCGCCCGGGAUGGGGUCUGAGUCUGAGUGGACGAGUGUCCACAUGGAGGAGGACGAUGAGGGUUCCUAUUGA